GGGUGUUGCUCUUUUUGGGGAGGGAGGGACUUCAGAUUCUUUUAAAUCCAGCUGCCAGACCCCUAGACUUGCUAGAGCUGGAGAGAGGGCAGGAUGCAGAGCUCCCACUGCCUUCCAGCUGUGUUCCUCCUCUUCACAGCUGCCCAGCUGAGCUGUAGCCUAAAUGAUGAACAGAAGCAAAUGGUGGUAAAGCUUCACAACUUGUAUCGAUCCCAGGUCUCCCCACCUGCGACCAACAUGAAGAAUCUGAAAUGGGACGAGGAUCUGGCUGCCUUCGCCAAAGCCUAUGCCAGCAAGUGCGUGUGGGGCCACAAUAAGGACCGAGGCCGCCGGGGAGAGAACCUCUUUGCCAUCACAGAAGGGGAGAUGGACUUGCAGCUGGCCGUGGAGCAAUGGUACAACGAGCAUGAGCAUUACAACCUCAGCAAUGCCACCUGUGCAGAAGGACAGAUGUGCGGGCACUACACCCAGGCCUUUUGUUCUGGCUUCUUUCAGGUGGUCUGGGCAAAGACAGAGAGGAUUGGCUGCGGCUCUCAGUUCUGUGAGAAGCUGGAAGGAGUGAUGGAGACUAAUAUUCACGUGCUGGUCUGCAACUAUGAACCCCCAGGAAACGUGAAGGGCCAGAAACCCUACGUGGAGGGGCCGCACUGUUCCCAAUGCCAGGAGGGCUACGAGUGUAAGAACCAACUUUGUCAACCAAUCAUAGGCCCAGAAGAGGCUGGGGUCUCACACUCUUUACCAACCGCAGCCCCGACCUCUAUGGCAACUGAGACCUCACCCAACUUGGCGACUGAAACCCCUCCCUCUUUGGCUACCAAAACCUCGACCUCCCUGAGUGAGGGGACCUCCCUCUCCCCUAGGCUAAGUAUUGAAACCACCCUGAAAUCAUUAGAGACAGAGGCCAGCAAGCCAGAGCCAGACAGAGGUGAGCCCACCCAGGAUGAACUUCAAGAGUUGCUUCCUCCCUCCUCCUCCUCCUCCUCCUCUGAGACUCUGGCUACCACUUCCCUGGCUAAUGAUGAGCUGGAAGAGGUCCCAGGCACCCUGUGGCCAAUAGGGCACACCUCCAACAGUGCCCCCUCUGACCUCCCCCAAACCGGUGGGGCCAAUGCCAUAGGUGGGCGCACCCUGGCCCUGCACUCCACUUUAGAAGAUCCCGCUGGGAAAAUUGUGCUGGGUGCUUCCAGUCGUUUUGAGUUUUCUCUCUUUGGGCUACUCAGUUGCCUAAUCCUGAGAUACUUCUUCUGAAGGCGCCAUUCUUCGCACAACCCCAUGCCCACACUCUAGUGUAUACCACGCAGCCAAAAGGCCUUAUCUUCCCCUGGCAGUAGAGCAGAUGGAUGGGUGGAUGGAUGGAUGGCAGAACAGAUGCCCAGAUGUGAGCUUGGACACACCCUGGAUCUACACCCAAAGAAUUAGAGUUUCAGUCCAAGAGGCCCACUGACAUGCUCACACUGCCCCUCUCUCAGCUGUGCCCCUUCCUUGCACACACGCCCCUUCAGAGGCUCUCCAAGGAGGUUUCUGCAAAACCCCGAAACCAGAGUACGUGGGCCAUGAAACACGUAGAGCUCCAAGAACCACUGAAUCCUCUAAAAGGAAGCGACCUCCAGAUGUCAUCUCCUUCACCCUUGGACACACCUAAGCCUCAGUGCAGGUCCAAGAGAAGGGCCAUGUCACAAAGAGUUCUGCCGUGGCUGACAUGUCUACAGCUCUCCCUGCCCUUCCAGGCCCCCUAGUGAGGUCUGCCCUCUUCCCUCUGUCCCCUUUUCACCCUCCUCCAGGGGAUGCUCAGAGAGGUAACUUUUGCUUCUCUAGCAGAGACAGCAUCCAUCUGGCGGAUGUCCCCCCUCAUACCCACAGGGGCAAGGCAUCCAUGUCUGUUCCAAACCCAAGAGGAAUGGAGAGCCGCAGGGCAGAGAGCCAGGGGGUGGGGGCAGGGCUACAUAUGAAAGUCCCUAUCCUGGCGACAGCCCCCAGGCCUGAUUCUGCCCAGACCUAUACCUGGUGUGUGGUGGUGCUGAGAUCUCUCACUCACCUUUUGGGGUGAGGAUUACACUGAUGAAGGACAAGCUUCUCCCUGAGCCACAGAAGUGGCAGGGCCUCAGGAGGAAGCAACCUCAAAGUCCUGAAUAAAGUCUGGUCUGAAAUCA